AUCCAACGCAGCUCGUAUUCACUCCGAGGAAUUCCAGUAGCUGACACGUGACCUGAGUGUCAAUGCGAGAUUUACUUCUUAUUCCCUGCGGUUUGUUGUGGCCACUGCCCGGGGACAUCGGCGGCCGCUGAAGGAUACAUUUUACAGCAUUACACUUUAAAAAGUCUUAAUUGCUCAUGUACGCAUCAUUGUAGCAUUUAAGCACGGAAAACUGCGGAGGAUCUACGCUGAAAGCCAGCACUGUCACAAAAGGGGUUCACCUGUAACCAGGUAGAAAUGCAAAAGGAAAACGAGGAGCAGAGCUGUCCUGGAGAGUCCAACAUAAUGGACAGAAGAGGAAGCUUCUUCAAGCUGAUUCACACCUUCGCCUCGGAAAUCGGAGAGCUGAACAGCGAGAUGGCACUGGCGGACAGAGAGCCCUCCGAAGGGGUCCUGCAGUGGCUGGAGGGACAGAUGACUGGUGUCUACAUGCAGUCCCCCACCUUUGCAGACCCGACCACGCCCAGGGAUUCUGGCUACGACUCCCUGCGGAGACACAUGAGCGUCUUGGAUAGGCUGAAGCAGACGCACUCAGUGUGGCUGCUUCUGGGCCUCGGUGACGAGGAGGCCGUCCGCAUCCUGCAGUCGCAGCCUCCUGGGGUUUUCCUGGUGAGGAAAUCGGCGAAGCUGAAGAGGAAGGUGAUCUCCCUGCGCAUGGACAGCUUUUCGGAUGCCGUCGUCCGGGACUUCCCCGUGAAGGAGACCCAGUACAGUGAGUUUAUUUAUUUAUUCCACUGGCCUUGCAGCUUGGCCAGCCAUGUGGACACGUGCCGUCAUCACGGGGCUGUUUCCAAUGUCUGGGUGGCUAAUCAGAAGAAUUCUAACUGCCCCCCCCCCGCCACCCCCUGGAUGGAGGGGGAAGGAAAAUGUGCGGCGACAUGCAGGGUAAUGCAUUUAAUAACAGUGCAGUGUGAGUCACACCACACUGCUCCCCCUGCUGGUGGGGGAGGAGGGAGGGAGGCGUGUUCAUGCACUUUGCCGCUAAUCUCCGCUCUGUCGCCCCCUAGGGAUGUCUUGCCCUUCACCCUGGAACUCCCGGAGGCCAUCGCGUCUGCCAGGACCAGGGCAAACCUGCAGGACAUAGCCCAGCUUGGGGCAGAAUUCUGGGAUUCUGCUCUCUGUAGGAUCAAGGGAGCUGGCUUGGACCAGACGGGACAAACAGCUGAGGAAGGCUGCCCUGCAGCCACGUGGAUCCACUUGCCCUCCCAGUCCAGCGUGGCUCUUUGUUUUAUCAACCCCUUAUUCUAUCAGGAGUCUCAGCCCCAGAAGGACCCAGUCAGACCCCCAUCCCCGAAAACAGCACCUCUAAGCUCGUCUUCGCGCUGCCCAGAAUCGGCUCAGGGGAAAAGGAGAAUGCCGGAGAUGGCAUAUUGGAUCAACCCGGAGUCACAGCUGCCGGGAACCACGGCGCUGGGUGGCCAGACUGAGAUGGAGAAGAUAAUGUUUCGUUAUCUCAGCCAGAUUUCAGGCUACUCCACUCAGCUAGAGGAGGACAUCUCUGCCCUCACAUGCGGACAGUAUGAUGAGGUGGCGACAGCUUCGAGGGAGAGGGUAGACUCGGACAACCGGAUGAGCUACAUGAGCACCUCCACCUCCUCUUCGGACUCUCCUCCUCUGGAUUUGGGCACCUGCCGCCGCCUGGGUCGAGGAAUGACUGACAGCAGCGUGGAAGAAGAGGAGGAGGAAGAUGAGGGAGAGGUGGUGGAGUUUGAAGAUGAAGACUGCAACGUCAGCACGGAGAGUGACCAGGAGGUCAGCACUCGCCCCGCCGGCAGGGUCAGGAAGAGGUCAAGCGUGAGCUCAGCGAGGCUGUCGCAGGCGCUGAGGAGACCGAUCCACAGGAUGAUGGAUACGCUGGUGAUUCCCGAACGUCGGGCCAGCAGGCAGGUGCAGCGCCUUGUGCACGACAAGACCUCCUACUUUAGCUGCCUGGUGCAGGACUUCAUCAACUACAUCAGGAAGAACCACAGCUGCCACGAGUCUGGCCAGGACCUGCUACAGACUCUGCGCCAGUUCCUGACCCAGACUAAGAACUACCUGUUCCAGAGCUCAGAGCUGAAUCCACCAAUUCACUCUUUCAUCCCCGAGCACCAAAUCGACCAGGUGCUGGAGAAGGCCAUCCAGAAGUGCGUUCUGAAGCCUCUGAAGAGCAUGCUGGUGAGCGCCCUGCAGGACUUCCAGAAGAAGAAUGGCGAGUGGCAGCGGCUGGAGGAGAACAUGGCCCUGGCCAAGAAAAAGUCCCCCCAGGAGCUCGGUGUGGAGAACGGCUGCACCCUCGACCCCGGCACCAUCGAGAAGAUACGGCAGAAGUUCCAGGCCAUGCGUAAGAUGUAUUCCCCUGAGAAGAAGGUGGAUGUGCUACUGCAGGUGUGCAGCCUCAUCUAUAGCACCAUGGAGAAAAGCUCAGGAGCUGAUGACUUCCUGCCCAUGCUGACCUUUACCCUGGCACAGUGUAACAUGCCAGAUUUGGACAUAGAGAUCCAGUACAUGAUGGAACUGCUGGAUCCCUUUCAGUUGAAUGGAGAAGGUGGGUACUACCUGACCAGCACCUAUGGAGCCAUGUCUCUGAUCAAGAACCUGCAGAAGGAGCAGGAGACACAGGAGCUCAUCUCGGAGACCCGCAACACGCUGCGGCAGUGGCACCGUCGGCUGACGGCCCAGCGCAGCACGCCCGCCAUCGAGGACCUACAGAAUUACCUGCGGGUGGCGUACCUGGAUGCCAACGGCAUCUACACGACCAAGACGCUUCCGGUGGCCCCCUAUUCCACCACUGGCGACGUGUGCCAGCUGUGUGCGGAGAAGUUCCAGAUCACGGGCCCAGAGAGCCACGGCCUCUUCCUGGUGAUUGGGGAAGGCUGGCAGCAGCUGAGCCCUGACAGCUUCCCGCAGAGUAUCAAGGCCGACAUCCACAGCCAGCGCCUCACCUUCAGCUUCGUCUACCGCCAGGUGUCUGAGCUCGGCAGUCCGCCUCGCUGAGCCUGCCAGCGCUCUACCACUCAUGGCAGCAGUCGGCCGUCCUGCAACGGACUCGUCUCACCACUGAAUUGGGAGAUUGAAUGAAUUAUGGUGCCCGCAAAGGAUUCUGGGAAGAAUCUUUCAAGGGCUAUAGUCUGCUCCGUAGUACUCCUCCUUUCUUCUCGGGAUGCUGAGCAUGUGCAUGGGCAUGUAAGGGACUUUGCCCCUCCCCCCCCCCCCAUGACCCCCUGUCACUGAUGCUCCUAACCGGGUCAGGGUCGUCUUGGGCUGCUUGACACCUUGACUGCUGGUGCUCGCCCUAUGGGGAUGGUGGGCCACUAUGUACAUAUGACAACAAAAGUAUUGACAAGCAAGAUUUCACUUGUCAUGGACUAUUUGAGAUGUCAGAUGUUAUAAGGUCAGCUCUCAGAAGAAGUAUCAUCAAGAAGUAUCUGUGCCGACUGCACAUUUGUGCGUCGCAUAGCUAUACGAUACUUCAGCUUCUCUGUAUUAAUAGACAUUCCGACAAAUGAAGUGUCCCCUUUAUUACUUUUUAUAAAAUACAAAUUUUAUAUAUAAAUAUAAUAAAUUACGUAGAAAAUAUAUUUUUUGUUCAGUAAACAUUUUGAUUUUUUUUGUUACAGUUGCUGGUAAACUGACUCAUAGAUGCAUUCUAGGUAAAAGUAUUUGUUACUAGAAUGUGUUUUUUUUUUCUGCUUAUGGCACUGGCGAGAAGCGGAGAGCAGAGCUGAACAUUCAGCUUCACGCUUGGGCCUGAAGCCCCUAGCUGAAGCACCGCAACGAGCUGAGCCUCUGCUUGGCCAUUUUGGCGACCACGAAAUCUAACUCAACCAAGUGCCGCUGGCUUCAAAUACUCUGACACAGAAACUACAGACUAGUGCUUUUUUCUAAACUGGGCUGGUUUUUUUAAAGGGCUGCACUCAGCUUUAAAUGCAGGUUAGGCACUAAGCGUUUGUCCGGCACCGUGUUGAGGUGAGCCGGUGCAUCUGGCUGCAUGCAGCCGAUUCCCGAUUGUGACCCGUUCGGUUCUCUGGCUCAGGAUAAAUCUUGAUGACCGAUCCCUGAUUAAAUCUCCAUUUGAGACAACUGAGCGGCCGCUAGCCUGACAACAGCUCCUUUAAGUCGAUGUACUCAUUUAGGGAAGUCCAUUUUUAGAGUAUUUAUUUAAGACUAUGUGGUGCUGUGAUCCAUUAUACUCGUAAAUACUCUAAUAAGGAAGUAAAACACUCCAUAGUCUUAGAAACUAAAUUCACAGUAUUUAUCACCAGGCUAUUAGUAUUUUCCAGUUGAAACAGGGUAUCCCUCUUUUUGCCUUAGAUUACUUUAUAGUGAAGAUGAUCAUGUUGGCAGCACUUUUGUAUGAUAUAUAGUAUUUAGAACACUAAUUAUAGUGCAACUUGAUUAUCGAACAGUGUUUGCCUGUAGCAGCUGUUUGUCUGUAUUGUAUACAUACAAUGUAAAAAUGAUUUUGAUAUGGAAAUUAAAAAACUGUUGUUGAUCUGUGCAGGAAUUUUCACAGACCAAUAUGUAAUAUUCUGUUUAAAUCUUAUUGUUAGUUGUGCUGUUAUGCAUCUGUCAUUUUUAACUUGCCCAAAAUAAACAGCAGUUAUACUGUUGA